GCGCCUCUCGGUUCCAGAUCUCGCGAUACCUGCGCUGCUGAAUGAACCAAACAGGAACUGAGACAUGGCAACAGUGUUCGGCGGAGUAGAGGGUGGAGGCACUCACUCCAAAGCAGUGUUGGUGGCGGCAGAUGGGAAGAUCCUGGCAGAGACGGAGGGGCCCUCCACCAACCACUGGUUGGUGGGAGUGGACAAAUGUAUUGAAACCAUCAACAACAUGAUCCAGAGAGCCAAGGUGGUGGCCGGCCUGGACCCCAACACGCCUCUGUCCUUGCUGGGCAUGUCUCUGAGUGGAGGCGAGCAGAAGGACGCCAUCGAGAAGCUGAUGGCUCUGAUGAAGGAACGCUUCCCCAGUCUCAGCCAGCACUACUUCAUUACCACUGAUGCCAUUGGCGCUAUGGCAACAGCCAGCGACUGUGGAGGUGUCGUCCUCAUAUCAGGCACGGGCUCUAACUGUAAGCUGGUCAAUCCAGAUGGCUCGCAGAUUGGCUGUGGAGGCUGGGGUCACAUGAUGGGCGAUGAAGGAUCAGCCUUCUGGAUCGCUCAUUCGGCCGUGAAGACGGUGUUUGACGCCAGAGACAAUCUGGUCGCCCCUCCUCAUGACAUUACCCAUGUCAGAAAAGCCAUGGAGGAGUAUUUUCAGGUGUCAGACCUGAUGGGAAUGCUGCCGCACCUCUACAGAAACUUCCAGAAGUCACAUUUUGCAGGUUUUUGCAAAAAGCUGGCUGAAGGUGCCGAGGCUGGAGACGCUCUCUGUCAACAUGUGUUCACUCAGGCUGGAAGGGUCCUGGCAAAACACGUGGAGGCCGUCUUACCUGCAGCACAAGAGCCUCUCCUGAGCGGGGACCUCGGUUUGCCCAUUCUGUGUGUGGGCUCCGUGUGGAAGAGCUGGGACCUCCUGAAGCCAGGAUUCACAGAGGUCCUGGAUAAAGUAGCGGCAUCCGACAGGUUCAAGGGUCGUUUCCACGGCUACAGCCUCCUGAGUUUGCAGCAGUCGUCAGCCCUGGGAGGAGCCAGCCUCGGAGCUCAGAGAUUAGGCCUCACCAUGAGGAUGGAUUACACAGCCAACGCUGAGGUCUUCUACCGCAACACCUUCAAAAGACAAUAAUAUUAUAAGAACAUAUAAAUACACAAGUAUCACAAUAAUAUGUUGUGUGAUACUGUGUUAACUGACCAAAAAUACUGUUGAUUUUAAUGAAUAUCUAUGUACUGAAUCGGGACUCCUAUGGCCACGUUCCUCUUAAUAUUGAGCCUAGUAAAUAAACUAGGAUCACACUGAUCUCACUACAAAAACAAAUCAUG